AAAAUUCUCGAUCGCUACCGUGACAACUGUUUGUUUUUGAUUGGUUGAAAAUUUUCACGAAAAUCCAUCUAGAUCUGAAGUUUCUCAGACACAAUAUCAUUGAAAAUUAAAUGAAUAUUGACCAAUAAAUUCAGUUAUAAACGUAGAGCAAGAUGGCUCGAUUGACUUGCGAGGUGUGUGUUUUAAGUGCCUUAUUGGUGCUAGUGACUUCAGCGGCGAAUGUGUAUGCCGAGAGCGAAGACUCUAAUGAUGAAGUCACCGUAGAGGUUGAAGAAGAGGACCAGUAUCGUAGCCCAUCCAUAGAUUCAAAAAGCAUUUACUUAGCAGAGCAUUUUGAUGAUGAGAGUGCAUUUAAGAAAAAAUGGGUGAAAUCUGAGGCAAAGAAACAGGGUGUUGAUGAAAAUAUUGCUAAAUAUGAUGGUAAAUGGGAGAUCCAAGCACCUUCACGCAAGAUUCUGCGCGACGACCUGGGUCUUGUGUUGACGACAGAAGCAAAGCAUGCUGCCAUCUCUGCUCUCCUCGACAGGCCUUUCGAGUUCAAGGACAAACCGCUUAUUGUGCAGUAUGAAGUUACCAUGCAGGAGGGCCAGAACUGCGGCGGAGCGUACAUAAAGCUGCUCUCGCGCGGCGCCAACACCAAGGCGGACCUCCGCAAGUUCUUCGAUCAGACGCCCUACACCAUCAUGUUUGGCCCCGACAAGUGCGGCAACGACAAUAAGCUGCACUUCAUCUUCAGGCACAAGAACCCCAAGAACGGGACCAUUGAGGAGAAACACAGCAAGAAGCCUACCCAACGCCUAGAGGACGUCUACAAGGAUAAGGAGCCCCACCUGUACACGCUGGUGGUGCGGCCCGACAACACGUAUAGCGUGUUUGUGGAUCAUAAAGAAGUGAACGCCGGCUCGCUGCUCGAGGACUUCACGCCGCCCGUCAACCCGCCGCAGGAGAUCGACGACCCCAACGACAAGAAGCCUGACGACUGGGACGAGAGAGAGAAGAUCGUGGACCCGACGGCCACGAAGCCCUCGGACUGGGACGAGUCUGCGCCGGCGCAGCUCGCCGACCCCGCCGCCUCCAAGCCCGCCGGCUGGCUCGACGAUCAGCCCGAUAUGAUCCCCGACCCGGACGCGCAGAAGCCCUCGGACUGGGACGAGGACAUGGACGGCGAGUGGGAGGCGCCGCUCGUGGACAACCCGCUGUGCACCGUCGGCUGCGGCACAUGGAAACCCCCCAUGAUCCCUAAUCCCGCGUACAAGGGCAUCUGGCGUGCGCCGCUGAUCCCCAACCCCAACUACAAGGGGAAGUGGGCGCCGCGCAAGAUCCCCAACCCCGACUACUUCCACGACGACCAGCCCUUCCGCAUGACUCCCAUCCACGCGGUGGGGUUCGAGCUGUGGUCGAUGUCGCCGGCGCUGCUGUUCGACAACCUGCUGGUGGCGGACGACGCGGACGUCGCCGCCGCCUGGGCGAGCCAGACCUUCGACCUCAAGCGGGCCAAGCUCUCCCGGGACUCGGAGUCGGUGGCGGAGCGCGCGCUGCAGUACCUGGCCGCCAACCCGUGGCUGUACGCCGUCCUAGUGCUGGCCGCCUUCCUCGUGGUCGCCACCGUCGCCUACUGCUGCUGCACAGACUCCAAGGGUUCGGAGGAGCUGAAGAAGACGGACGGCGUGACGGAGGACGACCCGCACGACGAGCCCGCGCCUGCGCACCAGCCGCGCCGCAAGACCGCGCUCGACGCCGAGCCCGACCACGAACCCGAGCACGAACCCGAGCACGAGCACGAGCAACAAGACCAGCCCGAACCCGAGCAAGUUGCUGAGCCACAGAUAACACCUCUAGUGGACACAGACGGCGCCGGUGACGGCCAGCGGAAACGGAAACCGCGCAAGGAGUGAGCGAGACGGAGAAACACUGACGGGUUGCAAUCCGAAUCUUAUCGAUCGAGCAAAACCGGUUGUAAGACUAUUAAAGUAUUAACCAGUUUCUUUCUUUAUUGAGACCGAGUUUUACAUAUUAAUUAAUAUUUUGCCUUCUAAAAAGGUCUUUACUCAUAACCGAAACAAAUUUCGGUUAAAUGUAUUUCUUCCAGUAAUCAGUAUUAGGGCCGAACGUAUAUUUAAGAGCUGACACAAAAAUAUUCCGUGGGAUUAAUAACCGGUUUUUCUCGACCAAGCGUUUGCAAUCUCUAGUCCAGCCGGGCUAGCACAUGAUUGGCGCGACGGUAUCUCGCGGCGAGAUAGAUAGACUACCCGUCCCUCUUUAAUUAACAUAGAAAAAGACGGGUAGUCUAUCUCGCCGCGAGAUACUGUCGCGCCAAUCAUGUGCUAGGCCUACUGUUUAGUUCAAUGGUUUAAGCAUGCUAAAAAAACGAGGUAUAGGAGGAAAAAGGUCCAAAGUUAUUAAUAGUUUCGUAUUACAGCUACCCCACACAUCCCCAUUUUAAGUAAAUAUAUGGCAAUUGUAUCAAUGUCGCAAAUUAUUAUGCAUUGAAAUGGUUAAAAAGUUAGGCAAGGAAAUACAUACCGGAGAAAUGGGCUAUUAAUAAUAGGGUUGGCAACUGUCAAAGGUUUUUAUAGAUGGCGACAGCAUAGGCUCCCCCUGUUCCUAGUUUUGUUCUUUGCGAUUUGGCUUGAAGGGCUUGCAUCUGGAUCAUAAAAUUUGAUGCUAUUCAUAGGAUUGACAGGGAAACCUAUACCAGUUCCAUCUGUAGACAGCUUCGACCGGCCAACCCCAUCAACGCUCUCAAUCGAAUGAGACCAGUAUCCUUGCUCACUGAACUGCGCUCGAUCUACCAAAGAAAAUAUUUCGAUGACCCAAUAUUACAGGGUUCUAUGUUUCACUUUUAUCGAACUGAAAUUUGAACUUUAUCAUAGUGACAUUGUCGAAUUUCAACUAUCUUGAAAAUGUAACCUAGAACCCUGUAAUAUUGGAGCAGCGAUUUGACAUUACCCUUUAGAACGAAUGCUACUAAUAUAGUUGUAAUAGGGUAUUUGACUGUGUUUAUAAUAAAUUAUUUUACACCAUGCAUGGAAGCACCAGAAGAUUAAUAAAAAAACUAUUUUUACCUUUUGGACGCCAAUGACGGAUAUAUCGGCACCGCAGGUCCAACGCCAAAGACGGAUUAAUCGGUCAAAGACCACAGAGCAACAUAGACCUACGUGCAUGCGCAUAAAGUUCAAUUUCAAUUUUUUGACACUUCGGUGACGUGGCGUCCGAGUGAUUUUUGUGUUUGACACGGCGUCGAAAAGGUUAAAACUCGUAUAAAACUAUAAAGCGUAGGUAAUUUGAUUGUGACGAAACAUGCUAGUUUUUUCAUAUAAAUUCCAUAGUAGCAAAAUCGUUUUGACAGUUCCUAAAAAGAAACUGAUUUGACAAAUAGUCAAAUACCCUAUUAAUUAUCCUAUAAAUAAAGGGACGAUCGUAUUCGGACUUUCACUUAGUACCAAGGAAUAUAAUGUUAUUUAUAUACUACUAUUAAAAUUACUAAACUACGUCAUGUAGCGUAUUAAUGAACACUUAUAUCUUUGGUGGUUGAUGCAAAAUAUAAAACAUUUUACUAUGGUAUUAGGUAUUUGAUUUUGAAUUGGGUCACUUUCGGUCUGAAGGUAUGAAUUUGUUUUUGUUAUUUUGUGAACAAUAUUGAUCGGACUAAAAGUAUUAGUUUGUUUUGUAUGUGUUACUAGAUUUACGAAUCGAUAUGUAUAGCUCCAGUAUACAAUGAAGAUGUUUACAUUUGUUUAAUUUAAUGAAACUAAAGAGAAUUUUAGGUGAUUUAUUACAUGUAACGAUAGGGUAAUAACAAGUUUUUUCUCAUUAUUGUAUGACUAUGUGAACCUUGUUAAUAUAUUUAAAACAUCUUCAUUUGUUACCUAAUGCAUUUCUAUGCUAUGAUUUAUUUUAAUGUUGAAUUAGAAUUUCAUAUAAUCUUGUGUUUAAAAUCACAUUUAGAUAUCCAUUUAUCCUUACACUGUUGUUUUCUAUUGAGUGUGAGUUACACUAAUUGAGUUGAGUGUGUGUAUAUGUGAUGCAUACUGUAACUAAUUAGUUAAAAAUAUUAUAAAUACACCAUUUCACAUGUUAUAAGAAAAAUACCUGUAUAUUCUAAUAUAUAUUCAUUUUUUGUACUAUUAGGUCAUGCUCAUAGGUUAUAGCGUAUAUAUAAACAUUGUAAAAUGGUAUGUACAAAAAUAAACUUGUAUUUUUGUACAUAAGUACAAGUAUAAUAAGUAUUGUGUGUUAGCAAGUAAAUCCUUCUACUGUUUGUGACAUAGUUUUGUCUCAGUAAUCGACUGUGAUUUCCGUUCAUAUUAUUGUGAUCUGGGUGUGAACAGUAAACAAGUGAACAGGGGUGAACGAUUUGACACGCUCCUCCUACGGAUUAUAUAUGUAUAUAAACCUACACAUGGCAAAUCGGUGCGAUGCGCAGUGCACCCCUGAGCUGUUUUUUAAGCUAUAUUAAAUGCUUAUUUCAUCCAGAUUGUAUUUAUUCCUCAGCGUAAAUUUGUGAAACUAGCACAUUACUUGACUUAAUUCUCUAUACUUUCAAUGUUGCCGCCGCUUAAAAGGCAUUUUUCAGACUUGUAAUGACAAUAAUUAUUGUAUAACAAAAACUUCCCUUUGUAGAGUUGACGUCAAAGAUAUGUUUACACUUUUGCACCUUACUCCUUUCUAAUAAGGUGAAAAAUGUAAACUACACAAAUUUUUGAAAUUACAGCUCUCAAAAUUAACUUAGUGGCGAACAUAAAUUCUGAAACAGUUUUUUGUCAAUAGAUUUUUCACUUUUUUAUUCCUUCACUAGCUUUUCUUACUUCUACAGCUUUUACUUGUAAUGGAAUUGAGCAUGAUCCUAUAUGUGUCAUUGUUGGUUACCGUGAGAUGCAUUUCAUUAGUCCGUACGAGCGUGUGUGUGAUAGGAUGCUAUUGGACUGUAAUUUACAUUAAUAAUAAUAUAUUUAAUUAUUUGUA